AUGUGGCUGUGGCUGAAGCACUGUCAUGAAUGGUUCUUCUUUAAAAAUUCUUGUAACACAUAUGACAGAUUUAUAGCAAUUUGCUUCCCUUUAAAGUGCCAUAGUAUUGUGACUACACCAGCUAUUGUUGCAAUGCUUCUGUCUGUGUGGUUUUUUGUAUUCUGUCUAAUAGCAUUAUCAGUGGUUUUUAUUGAUCGUCUCUUCUUCUGCAGAACUUUGGUGAUAAACAGCUUUUACGGUGAUCAUGCACCAGUAUUUAAUUUGGCCUGUAAUGACACAUCUUUAAAUACCAUGAUUGCAUAUGCUGGUUUUAUUAUGAUCCUCUGUCUUCUGCUUGCAUUGACAGCAUUCACUUAUAUUUGUAUUUCCAAUGCACUGAGCAGGACUGCUUCAGGAAAGGAACGAGUCAAAGCGUUGAAAACACGUUCUUCACACCUGAUUCUUGUGGCUAUUUUGUUUUUACCAAUAGUCGGCACAAACAUAUCAGCAGUUAUCUCGUCUAUACAUUCUAAUGCCAGAAUGAUAAACUCUUCUUUGACACAUACGAUACCAGCUUUACUCAAUCCUAUCAUAUACUCUUUAAAGACAGAAGUGCUGAAAUCUAUUAAGAAACAUUGCAAAAUAAAUAGGAUUAGCAACACAACAUUGUCCAAAAAAGUGAACUCUUUAUCACUGCUAUAA